AAGCUUUCAGCUGGAGAUCAGCAGACGGAAUUCGAGUUCUAAGCAUCCCUUGGCUUGCAAACGUAGUAUAAAGCUCCCUUUCUCUUCGAUUAGUCGACUAAUCAAACUAGCGCGCGCGAGGACACACUGAACCAUUAGGGUUUGCAAAAGUCAUAAUGGACCAACUAUCUGAAUACCGGCGCCGACACGCAGAGCGGACAGGGCAAAGUCUCAGUGAUGAUAUGCCAGGUGCAUUCCCAUCCUUAAGCUCAGACACGCGACAAACCGAACAAAACACAUCAACUCCAGACCGUCAAAUCGAAGAAGAUCAUUUGUUGGCCAUGCGUCUUGCCGAAGAAGACGAAGAAACGUACAGGCGAUUUCGACAGCAGGCGGAAGAGGAUGAGCGAUAUGCUAGGGAGCUGGAGAGAGAGGAGCGAGCACGACAUGAAGGAGCCUUGGACGAGACAGCUGUAUCAACCACGCAAGAUCACUCCCUUCCUUCUUACAGAUUCGGAUAUGAAUUCUCACCAAGGAGCGUACCUUCCGCAGUAUCAGCUUCCAAUGACACCGAUCAGCAUCCAUCACUAUCAUCCAGUCGAAGAGGGAGCGGCGGGGAACAGCCUCCCAUGACCCCGCUGCGUCGCGAUCCUUCAUCUGCUGCAUCUCGUUCAUCACAAUUAGACUUUGACGCACAAUUAGCACAACAGCUUGCUUUGGAAGAGUCAGGAUAUGACCCAUUCCACCCGAGUGAAAGCGACGAAGAGUUUUCAUCUCGGCCUUCAAGUUCCCUCAGCCCGUUUCUUCAUCCCUCGUCACGUUCAGCAUCAGAUCGAGACGAAAGAGUAGCAGCUGCUCUUCACGAUCCAAUGUCUGCGGUUUUGGCACAUCUCUUUACAUCUGUUCCCACAAGGCAAACAGCAAUGAGGAGACCGGAAGGUGGGGUUCGAACAUUUACGUUUGGGUAUGACUCGAAUCGGGGAUUCUUUGCUGGCCGAGGGGGUGAAGAUGGGUCUAAUACGGGUUCAACCAGUCGUCUUAUUUCUCCCGGAAUGGAUCCUAUGCUUGCUGCUCUUCAUCUCAUGUCGUCUGUCGAACCCUCAAGCUCGAGCGAAAACAAUCCGUACGCCGCUUACCGUUCUCAUUUUCGUCCCCUAUUCGUGACCCAAUUUGGCGCUGACCUUGGAGGCGCAUUGUUUGAUGCCAUGCCUGCUACUUAUGAAGAUAUGCUUGCAUUAGCAGAGCGACUUGGCCCUGCCAAGGAGCGUGGAGCGAAAGACGACGAAAUCAGUAAUUUACCCGUUAUAAAAUGGGGAGAAAAAACCGCGGAUAUGGAAGAAAAGGAGGGAAAGGCGUGUGCGAUCUGUAUGAGUGAUUUUGAGAAAGGCGACGAGGUGAUGAUGAUCCCCGCAUGUGCUCAUCCAUUUCAUAAAUCUUGCGGCGCCCAAUGGUUGAAGGUGAAUCGUACAUGUCCAAUAUGUAGAAAAGAUAUCAGGGAUGUAAAAGAUAGCAGUGGUAAAGCAGGUCCGAGUACCAACAAGAGCUCAUAGGCACACUACUCGCUGUUAGGGUAGAAUAUCAGGGCGUAUAAGCCGUAGAACUGCGUAGUGGAUGGGGUAAUAGUCUGAAGCCACAGUGCAGGGUUGGGUUCUACUCAUAUCUCUCAGCCGUGACAUGCUACGUAUGGUUAUUUCAAAUAUCCACUCAUUUUUUU